AUGCGAUCCUUUCUGGUUGGGUGCGUCCACAGUGCGUUGCACCACGGCAGCGAGGCAACCGCACCGUGUCCGGCCCCCAUUCACCUCCACAGCCUGGAAGUGCGGCGCGGCGACAGCCGCACAGCAUCACUCGUCCCACGCGCUUCAGCGAAGGAUACCUCUGUCCACCUGGCCGCCAGUCCAGCACCGCUGCGGAGGAUCGUUGGGCUCCGCGCACCCACACGGCACGAACGCCUCACACGUCUCAGUUAUAUUGAGGACGUGCGUGGCGCAGUAUGCUCGGAAACCACACCUUCGUCAAUACCUGGGAAGGCAGCGAGGACCAUUCUGCUGCCGGGAGAUGCCGUCCUCAAGGAACUGCGACGCGUCCGCAGCCGCAUGAGGAUCUCCCCGGACCACAUCCGCGCCCCUCUUGUUGAUCACCGAGUUUUCGCCCGGGACACUGUGGGCUGCAGCGGGGUGGGCGUCUUCCGGCCACGGCACGCCAAGGACGCCCUGGACGGUGUCAGACGAUCGGCCCUUGAAGCGGCCUGCACCUCUGGGACCGUAUGA